CCGCAGCGAUUAUGACAUUUUCAUAUUGUCAAAUUGAAACGUCAACGAAUCAAGUCUGCAAACAAUGUCGCACGUUUUAAAAUUCCAAAUAAAAAAAGAACUCGGUUAAAAUGGAAUCGCAUGAAGAAAGUGUAAAAUGGGAAAUUAUCGUGAGAGCUGCCGUUGAAAAUCGAAAUAAUUUUUGGAAAGCAAUUUUAUUGAGCGCCAUAAAACCGCAUCUUAUUAAUCGACGAUUGGCUGGCGCUGAACAAAUAUGUAUUUUUCGAACCAAUAACACCGAUCUAAACCGAAAUGGACAAUUUAUAAAUAAACUUUUGGCAUAUAUCCAAAUGCGAACCGAAACCGAAAUCGAUGUGGACUAUGUGAAAAAAGCCAUUUACGAACUACAAACUCAAGAUGAAUUUAAGCAAAUUGACGAUCAGCAAUAUGAUUUAAACAAGGACCGACAAAUUUUAAUCAUUCUCAAUAAAUUGCUUUCGAAAAAUAUAUCAACCUUCGGUUACACAUACGAAAUAAAUAUAAUAGAUAAUGGAAAUAAACAGGCUGGCUUUCUGAACUUGUUGCAAAAUCAAACAACUGGUUUUAUCAAGAAAUUUGUAGUUCAUUUGAGUGAUUCAAACAAUGAGCUGACAUCUGAAAUGGUUAUAAAGGCGGCAAAUGAUGGUACAGACCACUUCACGCGGCAAAGUAAUUGGAUUAAAAAUGUGUUCUUUCCAAAAAUAUUAAAAUGGAUUACAUCAAUGAAUGACCGCUAUGAAGACCGUCAAAAAUCGGCGAUUGAUGGUGUUGAAUCGCAUUCACUGAUCAAUUCAUCAGAGUAUAAUGAGUUGUACAACGAUUUGAAAGCAAAGUAUGGUGAAAACAUGGUGAAGAUUUGGCCGGAAAAUACUGAUCCAUUGAAAUACGUAUAUGAAGAUGUGGCAAUUGCUAGCUAUUUAAUAUUAUUGUGGAGAGAUGAAUGUCGUCGAAUGAACACAAAUCAGCUACAGUCAUUUGUAGAUUUGGGAUGUGGCAAUGGAUUGCUCGUGUAUAUCUUAUCAAGCGAAGGUCAUCAAGGAUAUGGCAUUGAUGUACGAAAACGCGGCAUUUGGGAUUUAUAUCCAAAAACAACUGUGCUUAAGACACACGCAAUUGUACCAUCAGAUCGUUCUCUCUUUCCCGAUAUCGAUUGGAUAAUUGGAAAUCAUUCCGAUGAGCUUUCACCAUGGAUUCCCGUCAUUUCAGCUCGAAGUUCAUAUAAAUCCCGAUAUUUUCUAUUGCCAUGUUGUGCAUUUGAAUUUAGCGGUAAAAAGUUUCAACGACGAUGCAGUACAGUAAGCCAGUACAUGGACUUUUUAAGUUAUGCACAGGAAAUUAGCAAUGUUUGUGGUUUCAAAACACAAAUUGACCGCCUUAAAAUACCGAGUACAAAGCGAAUUUGUUUAAUUGGAAGCGAACGAAUUUAUACAGUUGACAAACAGAGUGAUCGAGAGAAUGAAAUUCAAAAAUUUAUAAAUAUGCGCAGUAACUGUGACUUUCAGCCCUUGGAAACUUGGAAUAGUGACUUUCAGCCCAGGUCUGACGUUGAGAAAAUACAGAAUUGUACCAAAAUCAAUCGAACUAUACAAAAUGAAAUUGUUGACAAGGUUUUCAAUGAAUUGAUGAAAAAGAAACGUUUUCUGUCCGAUGUCUAUAAAACUGAUUGGAAUGUCGGUGGCAAAGUUUCAUUGAUGGAUUUAGCUAAAAUAAUUCCGCGUGAUAAAUUGAAAGCAUUAAAAUCAGAAUGUGGCGGAUUACAAACAUUGCUUAAAAAUUACUCGCAAAUCUUUCAGGUGACGCAAGGAGUCGUUGAAAUUCGAGUGCCAAUCAAAUUAGAUGAUAAAAAGCGAAUAUUUGAAGCAAAAGGCAAAGAAAUACAAGUAAAACAAAAACCAUGCUGGUUUUAUCAAAAUCAUCCAAAUGGUUGCCCGUUAUCCGACGAAGAUUGCAGCUUCAGUCAUUAGUUUUGUUUUUCCUUUUGUAUUUUAUCUGAAGAAUAAAUUGUAUUUCUAUUUUUAAAAAAAUA